ACGCAACAAAUUCAUGUUCCCACGGUGCCAUAUCCGAUUCGAUCGUGUAUCCAUUGGAUCCUUCGGCUAUCAGGUGUAUCUGGGGAAACUCAUACCGUCACGUCACAGAUUCAAGCGAAGUUUUAUUUAGUGGGAAACUGAUGCCUCGACCCCGGGUCAAGGACGAGGAUCGGAAACGGGUCGCCCGCGCGUGCGACACGUGCAAACGACGAAAGGAAAAAUGCGACGGCCAAUACCCGUGCCUGUUGUGCAAGCGACGUGGUAGAGAACCAGAGUGUGUCUUCACAGAGGCCUUCUCCAAGAGAGGCUCGGCGGUUCGCGGCAGCAAGGAAAGGCCCACGCAGCCGCAACCGCCGUCGUCCUCCUCGCACCCGAUGACACUCAAGGACGCCCUGACUGACUCCAACGACGCCGAAAUCGCCAUCGAAUCGCUGUUGACGCUCUCGGGGUCCAGGAGUGCCCCCAAGUCACCGCAGUACGACCGGGACCAGGAGGACGGGUUGAUCUCGAGGGCCCCCGUGCCCAAACUCGCCCGGCUCCUCCGCGACGGCCGGGGCAAGUUCAUCUUCGUGGGAGACUCGAGCAACCUGGCCUUUGUCCAAAACAUCCGCCGCCUCGUCAAGGCGGAAAUAGGAGAAUGUGGCCUCACGUCGGACCCCCUCCGUCACGCCAUGUGCGAGGUCAUCCCGCCGCACCAGAUCCCGUCGCCGCUGCAGACUCAACACCCCAAGCCGACCGAGGCGGAGGCGAGGGACCUGCUGAAGCACUACCUGCUGGCCUCGAGCGGCGUGAUCGACCUGUUCGACCCGGACGAGAUCACGGAGCACCUGGUCGCCUGGACGCAGGACUCGACGGCCGACGCCGACUUCAACAGCUCGAUCUACUACCUGGUCAUGGCCAUCGGCGCGGUGUGCCGCAACGCCGGCGACCUGGACCAGGCCGAGUUCUACUUCACGCGCGGCCGCGAGAUCGGCGUCUCCAGCUUCCUCGAGGACCCGAGCGUCCUGACCAUCCAGGCCUACGCCCUCAUCACCUUCUACAUGCUCUCGGCCACCCGCCGCAACGGCGCCUUCAUGCUGCUGGGCAUCGCGGUGAGGGCGGCGUACGCGCUGGGCCUGCACCGGAGCGACAUCUCCAACCUGUUUGAGCCCCGGGAGCGGCUGGCCCGGGAAAGGGUGUGGAAGAGUCUGCGCGUGCUGGACCUCUACAUGAGCGGUUCGCUGGGUCGGCCACCGGCGACGUCGGAGGUCGACGGCGGGAGCGUGUCGUGGAACAGGUCUACGCGGGACUACGAAGGCAUACAGAUGAACGGUCGGAACACGUCGGCGACAUUGAGGAUUUGUUUCAUCUUUGAAAGGAUACUAAACGAGGUGUAUUGCCGCCGAGAGGUCUCUGUGCAGCUCGUGGAAAGUAUAUCCAGGCAGUAUCGAGACUGGACGAUGCAAUUGCCCGCAGGCUUGCAAGCCGACAGUCUGGACCAGAAGGCAGGUACGACGGCACCGACGCUGCGGCAAACAAUAGGCAUUGCCCAUCUCAAAUGCGAGUACUAUUGGUCUAUAAUCCUGUUAACCAGGCCUUUCUUGAUCUUCAAGGUCUCUUCCAAGAUCAAAGGACGGCAGGACGAAGACAACACGGCCGGUAACUCCGUCACCAUGACCCUGAGCGAGGCCUGCAUAGACGCUGCACUCAGGAGUGUCGAGAUCGCGACCGACCUGGUCCACAUCCCUGGCGUGCCGAAAAGGCUCUUCAUGGUCACCAACAGCGUCUUCAUCGCCGCCAUGGUGAUCGGGUUCGCAAUCUUUGGCGACUUUGACAAGUCCUUCCCCUUGCUGAGUAGCAUUGUCCAAGCAGAAUCCAUCCUGGCCAUGGCGGCCAAAGAUGAUCUGUCCGCUCGACGACACGAUGAGAUCACCAAGAAUCUUCACCUCGCUGCCCUGGAACACAUCAAGCGGCGUGACCAGGUCCAAAUGCAGAAGCGACGGCAGGACAUCCACAACAUCUUCGGCGAUCCUAUCAACAAGGGCAGCGGGGCAAAGUCAACGGGGUCGACGACGGGAGACCAGACGCCCGUUGACACUGUAAAGGCACCAUUGGUGAACCAGAGUAAUGGUCUGGGGGAUUUCGACGCCACCGAGCAGCUCGAAGAUGCGCCGCCGCCGUGGCAAUUGCGUUUCGACAUGCCUCCUGAAAGCCGGGGACCGGUGCUCACCACGUCUGGAGCAUUGGCUUACAACGGUGAGGAUGGAGGGGACCAAGUACAGAUGCUUCCCCGACAAGAUUUUCCUCAGAUGCUCGAGACGGAUGGCCUCUCGCCUGACGGAUCGGGAGUGCCGAGUCUGCCAUCUUAUGCAGAAGAGUUUCCGCUUUUCUCGUUGAUGACCGAAUUUGAUCAGCUACAAGACCCAUUCGCAAUGCCAGGGCCUUGACCAAUAUUUCUAAACAGCAACUGCAUCCUCGUCAUAAUGCUAGGCGCAUCUACUGCGACUUUUUGGAUGUGGGAGGCUCAUUAGAUGGAGCUGUGCACACCCUUGACACCCAUCCCGAGACAAACCACGCACAGCCCGCUAUCAACACCAGAUAAAGUGCCGUGGGUAUGAGAGACUUGGGGAACACGUUGAAGAUAUAGCGAUCUAAAAUAACGUCGACUGCCACGGGCGGUGCUGCCAUCAUCAAUGUGUCAUUCGGACUGUAAUAGUCUGCAGCGGCAAGAAUUCGGAGGAACAGGAGGGUUGUAUCGGGCCGAACAGCGGUCUUGCGCCGUUGGAGUGCCUCGAUGUCUCCGGUACCGAGCUUCGCAUGGCGUGCAUAGGCAUAUUCGCUCACUGAUGAGAGGAGGCUGCUAUCCGAAAGCACGGCAUCAACUUGGAAGGUAGCAAGUGAGAACUCUGUCGGUUGGGUGGCUGCCCAGCAUAUGCGAACUUCGUAGCGCUGGUGUGGGCGCAGACUUUCCAGGAAAAACCAAUGCGCCUGUCCGUUUGGGGACGAACUGUUUGGGAAGCUUACAUUGAGCUGAGUCCUGAGCGUAGGGUGUUCCUCAGAGAGUGGGACGAGGAGGAGAUUGUCGAAGCUGGCGUCUGUAGGAUAUGGCUCUGCCAAAGAGGAUGUGAAGAUGACCUUCUCGACAUUUGAAUGGACGAUUUGACUGUAUGUAAGCAGUACGAGGAACAUCAAAGAUAUUGAAUUCAUAUCG